AGAAAGGGCUAUUUACAACAACAACAAAAUAAUAACUUGCUACAGCCCCAUGCAACGUAUUCUCUACAGCGUGGAAGAACAGGCUUUUCAGGUGACCAUUUUUACGCAGCCCGUCAAUGAAGAGGAAUAGGUGCUUUUUAAAUUCACCUUUCUAUCUUCUGGAUUCUGGAUUGUGACAAGUGCCAGGACAGGACAGGGGCGUCCAGAACCAGAAGUACCGAAAAGGAACUUCGGGGAGUGUUCACCUAUAGCCUGCCUUUAAACGGUAGGGGAUAGGGUCUUCUCACCGCCCACCCACCUGACGGAACAUUCGCGUCUGCUUUGUCCCAAACCCCGGAGCCAAGACGUUGCUGCGCAGAGAACCGUGUGGCCCCAGACCCAGCACCGGAGCCCGCGUGGGAAGGUCGGUCCUCGGUGUCCUCCAGACAGGCGGGAUGAUGGUCCACUGCGCCGGGUGCGACAGGCCCAUCCUGGACCGGUUCCUGCUUAACGUGUUGGACCAAGCCUGGCACGCCAAAUGCGUCCAGUGCUGCGAGUGCAACUGUAAUCUGACAGAGAAGUGCUUCUCCCGGGAUGGGAAGCUCUAUUGUAAAAUGGACUUUUUCAGGAGGUUUGGGACGAAGUGCGCAGGAUGCCUCCAAGGCAUCUCUCCCAGUGAUCUGGUGCGCAAGGCGCGCAGCAAGGUGUUCCAUCUCAACUGCUUCACGUGCAUGGUGUGCAACAAGCAGCUGUCCACGGGCGAGGAACUCUAUGUUAUCGACGAAAAUAAAUUUGUUUGUAAAGAAGACUACCUGAGCUCAGGGGCGAUCAAGGAAGUCAACUUGAAUUCAGUGUCAUCAUGCACAGACAGAAGUUUAUCGCCGGACCUCCAGGACCCGAUGCAGGACGACACAAAAGAGACGGACAAUUCCACAUGCUCAGAUAAGGACACGAACAAUAACGAGAAUGAGGAGCAGAGUUCGGGUACGAAGCGGCGAGGUCCGCGAACCACCAUCAAAGCCAAGCAGCUGGAAACGCUGAAGGCUGCCUUCGUGGCCACGCCGAAACCCACCCGACACAUCCGAGAACAGUUGGCCCAGGAGACGGGACUCAACAUGCGGGUUAUACAGGUGUGGUUCCAGAACCGUCGGUCUAAGGAGCGGAGAAUGAAGCAGCUGAGUGCUCUGGGGGCCCGGCGGCACGCCUUCUUCAGAGGGCCCAGGAGGAUGAGGUCCAUGGGGGGACGACUGGAGGACCCAGACAUACUGGGGCCUGGGGCCUACGGAUACUACACAGAGUACCAGGGCGACUACUACGGAGGGGGCAACUAUGAAUUCUUCCCCCACGGCCCUCCCUCCUCUCAGGCUCAGUCUCCAGCAGAAUCCCCCUACAUCCAUGGAGGGGCCAUGGAGGGCUCUGUGUCAGCCCACCACCCCUCUGACGACCAGAGGUUCACGGACAUGAUCUCCCACGCAGAUACCCCCAGCCCAGAGCCCGGCCUGCCCAGCUCCCUACAUCCUGUCCCUGGUGAGGCAUACGGAGGGGGGCCCAGCCCACCAUUCUCCCUGGCUAGUAACUCCAGCUACAGCGCCCCCAUGUCCCACCCUGGACAGGAGAUGGGAGAGACCACCGUCUGGUAGACUAGAGCCUGGGUCUGGGAAAGGGAUGAGGGUUUCGUUGGGGGGAGGGUGAACUUCCCAUUUUCGAUUCAAUCUACACGGGAGAUGAAUUUGAAGACAUUAUGAAUAAGUAGUUAUGAAUUAAAAAUGGCGUUUAUGUAUUUGUUAAUGGGGAUUUUUCUAUUCACGGAUUCACGUAUUUUUGAAUUGACUUGCUGAAUUGAUGGAGUUGAAAUGGAAUUGUUCCCCCUGACUCUUACCCUUCACGUGAAGGACUGAGGAUGGAAGAUGGGGUGGCUUUGCUGGACAUAUCUGAACUUUGUUGUACUAUUCGCUGCCCUAUUCGGCCCCGUUAGUAGAAAUACACUCCCACCCACCUCUGGGGAAAAUGAACUGGGAUUGGAGAAAGAAAGACAGCGGUUCCUCUUGCCCCAGUAUCACCCCCCCCCCCCACCCCCCACUAAGGACACGUGAUAUUGCAGAGAGAGAUAAAGAAAGAAUACAAGCCAAAAGGAACGCUUUAUGUAUUUUAUUUUUUGGUUUCAAAACUGUCUUGGUUUUUUAUUCUAGCCUACUGUUUCUUAAAGGCACAGUGUUGUAGGUCUAACUGGUCAGUUCCUCUUCUGCAUAACAGAUGUUUUACUGGUACAUCAGUCUCCUAUUGUAAUAUUGCUUCCAAUACAAUGCUCAAAUACA